AUGACCAAUUCGAUAGAAAUCACGUUUCUGGGUACUAGUUCCGCGCAGCCCACGCCCGAUCGCAACACGUCAUCAUUAGCGUUAACCAUCGACGGAACAUCAUGGUUAUUUGAUGUGGGAGAAGCCACGCAACAUCAAAUCCUCAAGGUCUCAAACAUCAAAUGGGGAAAAAUUGACCGAAUCUUUAUCACUCACUUGCAUGGCGAUCAUGUUUUUGGACUGCCUCCUUUGCUAUGCACAGCAACCAAAAAUUUGACUACAACUUCCUCGGAUACCGCAAGGCAUCCUAUUGAAAUCUAUGGGCCUUCAGGACUUCGUAAAUUCCUUCGCCAAACACUAAAACUCACGCGGUCUUUUCUCGGUCGCGAUUAUAUGGUUCACGAGUUACUUUUUCCGGAAGAUCCCGUGGAUCAUCCCGACAAGAAAGAAUUAUACGAUUUUGAACAAUUAGGAAAAAACAUACAAUUACAAAGGUCAGGCGAAAAUUUGUAUUGGGAGGUUAUUGAUGGAAAAUCAUAUAAAAUUACAGCGGCACCAAUCAAGCAUUCGAUUCCAUGCUUGGGUUACGUAUUUUCGGAAAACCCGUUACCGGGGAAAAUUGAUAUUCAAGUAAUAAAACCAAUCUUGCUACGCAACAAAGAAGCAUUGGGAAUAAAAAAUCCAAUGGAACUUGUGAAGAAAUUGCAAAAUGGAGAGACUCUCCACUUGCCUGAUGGUACGAUAAUCGAACCGCCACCACGACGUCCGGGACGCAAGAUUGUUCUCCUGGGAGAUACCUACGAUCCAUCGGGCAUCAUUCAUUUAGCCAUGAAUGCUGAUGUGUUAGUACACGAAGCCACCAACGCUUUGACCUCGUCAGAUCCUCCGGGAACCAGUUAUGAAUCAGUAGAAGAAGGCGCGAUAAGAAGAGGACACUCGACCGCAAGAAUGGCAGGAAAAUUUGCGGCCCAGAUUAAUGCGCAUAAACUAAUAUUAACUCAUUUUAGCAGUCGUUAUAGAGGAUGUGGUUCCAAGAUCAUUGAGGAAAUUAGGAUGUCCGCUGUUGAAACUUUCGGUAAUGAUCGAGUGAUUUGUGCUGAGGAUAGAUUGCCUAACUUGUUCACCCAGAAUAUUCGCAAGAAAAGUACACAAAUUUCUACUCCCUUUGAUGCACCUCCAUCUGUGAUGUAUUCUCCGGCAUUUCCCACAGCAAGACCGGCAGAAGGUGACAGGAGUCCAACUGCUGGUAGAACAGUUAAUGUCUCAGGAAAUGCUACGAUAGGUUAUAGACGAUUAUGGUCAAUCUUAAAUGCAAACAAGAUUCGUCAGGAGGUGCGUCGCGGAAGAUAUUAUGAAAAACCUACUAUUCGGAGGAAGAGGAUAAGACGAGAAAUUUCAGAAGCUCGUUUUAAAGAAGCAAUAAAGAAAAAGGUUAACACAGUUCUACAGAUGAAAGCCAGGUUAGUGAAUGGACAAUGA